UCAAUGAAACUUUUAGAUUUAGUUUGAUUAAAAUUCCUUAUUAUAGAUAAAAUUGAAUUACAGAUGUCAAACAAUGUUUCUUCAAUGAUCUCUUCAACAAUAUAUGUUUAUUUUAAAAACUAAGGGUAGUGUGUUUAAUUUUUGGUCAGAAACACAAUAUUUAUUUGAUGCCUUGAUUUAUGCUUUUAAAUUUUCAAAACUCCAUCAACAUGCAAUAUAAUAAACAUUUUGAUCAGUUACAAUUGUAUUUAAUUCACAAUUUUUUUUUACAAUUUAAGGCAAUUCAGUUAAUGGGAUUUAACUCAUCGAAGUUAAAUCGGUUUAUCAAAGCUAAAUAUCAUUAUUUAUCACUACUCUGUAUUACCGGGAUAUUUCCGGAUGCCAGCUAUCCUCUAUUCGGGUAUUAGUGAGGUCAAAAUUACGUCACGACCACCGUACAAGAUUCCCCAGCAGUUGGCACAUGGAAAUUCAAGAGGUAAGACGGAAAAUUUAUGUAAGUCUCGGAGUAUAAAAAAGAAAGAAAAGAAAUAAUUUAAAAAUGUUGUAGCUACAACAAGAACGUUAGGCCCCUAGCGUUAAUUUGGUAUUUUUGUCUGUACCAAUUUUGUAUCUGUGUAUUACGGUAAAUUCAAAAAAAAAAUUGAAUUUAAUUUACCUCAAUUUCCUUUGCACUGUGAUUGAUUAAAUUUAAAUUGCAUAUUGUUGGAGAACAAAAUGCCAAAGAGAAAGGGAGAAGCGCAACCUUCGUCUAGGGGAAGAAAGAGGAGAAUCCCCGCUACUGUGACUGUGAGUGAGCCCGAGCGUAUUGACGAUCAGGGCCAGGCCGCGGGUGUUAAUGACAACCCUCCUCCACGCUUUACUGACGAACAGAUGCAGCAAAUCACAGAUGCUAUCUCUGCGGGCAUGACGGCCAGUGUAACCAAGGCCCCCAUUCCAGUCCGGGCCACAGACGCAAGUGUGAAUUGCGAGUCUACUCCUCCAGGCAACUGCAUAUUCAAAACUUCAAUUGAAUGGAAGUUGGACAAGUGAACCGAGACUAAAGAACCUUCGGACUAGUGGGCGGGCCCCUCUUGUGAAACUAUCUGAGCGUUUGAAUUAUCAAUAUGUGGUGUUUUAACUGCUGCACCAGAACCAUGUAUGAUAAAGAACUAGGAAUUCCUAUGGCGCCAAAACUAGUGAAAGGACCAUUG